AUGACGUCAGGGGAAAACCGAACAGGGCGCAUCCACAGUAGGCCCAGCCCCGGCUCUCCCAGCCACGCAAGUUCUCCCCUCCGUGCGACCCGCGCCCCCAUCGCCCAGCCACGUCCUCGCGACCCGCUGAGCGACCCCCCGGCCCCGCCCAGGGCGCGUCCCCACCGCCUCCCCAGCAUCCCGGGCGCCCACUCGCCCGGCGGCGCCCCGCAGCCCCUGGUGACCCGGCCCGCGCCCCCCCCCCCCGCGGCCCGCCCAGUCACCUGGGUCGCGCCCCGAGUCGUCCUGCCCGGGCCACCGGCGCGGCGGGGCCUCGGGGACGCGCGGGGCGGCGCCAGCGGACGGCGGGCUGCGUCUCCAUGGCAGCGCCGCAGGCAUGCCGAGCCGAGCGCCGAGGCCAGGCAGGCGGGCGCGCCGAGCCGGAGUCAUCGAUGGCUCCGCGGGGCGGGCCGGGGGCGGGCCGGGGGCGGGCCGGGGGCGGGCCGGGACUUCCUGCUCGAGCAGGGGCUGCAGAGGGAGGCUGACCUCCCACCGUUACUGUUGGCCUUUGCCCUGUAUUGGUCGUCUCUUUGUGUUGCUGCUUGCGUACUUCUGGGGCUUCCUUUGUCGCUCAGUCGGAGCGGCCAGGCCAGCGGGAGGAACGGGGCACGCAGCCUGGCGGGGCGUCGGCACAGACCUGUCCUGUCCGCAGCCACAAAGAAAAUCCAGGGUGUGUCUGCUGGAAGCCCAGGUCACUGCGAGUCAGGAAGGCGCAGGCGUUGGCUCAGUAACACACAGUGGGGAGGCCCAGGUCUCCUGCCUUGGCUCCCCUCCGGGCUAAGCCUGACCAUGUGGGCGCUGCGCAGCGCCUGGCCACGGGGCAGCCAGGUGGCCACAGUGCCCGCUGCUCCCACCAGGGGGCGGCAGACGAUCGCCCGUGCAGGUCUGUCCUGCCCGAAGGACCACGCAGAGGCCCCCAACACGACGAGGGCCACCUCCCGAACUCCUCCUGAAACGCAAGAGGGGCGCAGAGACCACGACCGGCCGUCGCUCCACAGGCGAGGUCGCGCGCCCGGGGCGCAGAGGUUCCCCAAAGUCCUGGUGCCUCUCGGAGAAAGUCCGCGGGCCCGGGGCCGCGGCCGCGCCGCUGCCCCCGCCCUGCGCUACUUCGGAGAGCUGCCGCGGGGCAGGAAGCGGGGCGAACAAAGCGGCGGCGGCGAGGGCGGCCCAGGCCCCGGACGCGCCGAGCGAGCGACCCUCCGGGCCUUUGUCUCGGGCGGGGCAGAAGCUGCGGCGGCCGCGGGGCGCCCCGAGCGAAGAAUGCGGCGCCGGGCGGCGCGGAUCGAGGGGCGCUGCGGCGGUCGGCUGCGCGGAGCCCGGCCCGGGGCCUGGAGGGACUUGUGUGUGUGA